AUGGCGCCCAAGAAGGUUGAGAAGCCGCAGGUCCCUAUCCAGCCUGUGCCCGAAAAGCGCGGCUAUGAAUUCGGGGGGCCCCUAGGUGCCUUCGGAAUUGUAUUCGGGCUUCCCAUUCUUGUCUAUACCUUCGCUUUCGUCUGCAAUGAUGUUACGGGCUGUCCCGCCCCUUCGCUCCUGAGUCCCUCGACCCUGACCCUCGACCAGCUCAAGCGUGAAGUGGGCUGGCCCGAAGAAGGCAUUGCUGGUCUUUAUGAUACCCAGGUUACACUGUGGACGCUGAGCUACUAUGCUUUCAGUCUGUUCUUGCAGGUCUUCCUGCCCGGUCAGGAGGCGGAGGGUGUGCCUCUGGCAUGUGGGGGAAGGCUCAAGUACAAGUUCAACUCAUUCCCCACCGCCCUCAUCAUCCUCUCUGGCUUGGCCACCGGCUCCUACAUGUACGGCGCGGACUUCGUGGUGUGGACCUUCCUAUGGGACAAUUACAUCCAGGUCAUUACCGCGAAUCUCUUGAUUUCUUCCUCGAUCGCGCUUUUCGUCUACCUCAAGAGCUUCACUGUCCCGGAGCCGGGCAAGCCCAACCAGGAGCUUCGCGAACUGGCCCCUGGUGGCCACACUGGCAACCCCCUUUACGACUUCUUCAUUGGCCGGGAGCUCAACCCUCGAAUCCGCCUGCCCAUUCCCUUCGUCAGUGAUGUAUCGCGCACGAUUGAUAUCAAAGUGUCCAUGGAGAUGCGCCCUGGCUUGCUUGGGUGGACCAUCCUCAACCUUUCCAACGUGGCCCAUCAGUAUCGCACUUACGGCUACGUGACCGACUCGAUCAUUCUGGUCACCAUCUUUCAGGCAUUCUACAUCCUGGAUGCGCUGUACAUGGAACCUGCUAUUAUGACCACGAUGGAUGUAAUCAUGGAUGGAUUUGGUUUCAUGUUGUCCUUCGGCGAUGUUGUCUGGGUCCCCCACAUCUACAGCAUCCAGAGCCGUUACCUCUCAGUCUUCCCCCUUGAGCUCGGAUGGAGCGGAAGGGCACUUGUCCUGGGCGCCAUUACCGUUGGAUACUCCAUCUUCCGCGGCGCCAACAACCAGAAGAACCGCUUCCGUACCAACCCCAACGACCCUCGUGUGAAGCACAUUAAGUUUAUCGAGACCGCCAGCGGCUCGAAGCUGAUGGUCUCAGGCUGGUGGGGUCUGGCCCGGCACAUCAACUACCUCGGAGACUGGAUCAUGUCGUGGUCUUACUGCUUGCCCACUGGCAUAGCCGGCUAUGCUAUCAUUGAAAGCAUCAACCCAGCCAGCGGUGCCCUCCAGAAACAGGCCGUGCAGACCCCCGAGACUCGCGGCUGGGGCAUGAUCAUUACCUACUUCUACAUGAUCUACUUUGGAGUCUUGCUGAUUCACCGCGAAAUGCGCGAUGAGGAGAAGUGCAAGAAGAAGUAUGGUACUGACUGGGAUCGUUACACCUCAAUGGUGCGCAGUCGGAUCAUCCCAGGCAUUUACUAA